UGCAUUAGCGUCGCCUAUUUAAUAUACGAAAAAACCAUGCUCUGGAGAGGAAACUGCGGAGAAGAUACAGCAUCCCGGCAUCCUUGUUUGCUCGCUGGAAAUCUAAUGGGAGCUCCUGCGUCAAUCCUGUUUAGGCAGUAUGGAGGAGCAGUGAAGGGAUAUAAAUCGGCAGGGAAGCAAGCGGCGACAGGGAACUCAGCGUUCACUGGCUUUUCGUACUGUCUAACCGCACUUUAUUCCCUGACAUUAUGGCUAGUCGAGCGUCCGGCAUCGAGAUGUCUGUUGCUGGCCUACGGCGACGUCACGGCGCUCCCGUGGAUCGAAACGUAUCGACGUUUCAGUACGCCGGGAUCAUCGAAGCCGGACAGGCGGAUGACCUCGGCCAUUUUCACCGCGUACCGGCAACGCCUCCUUCCAACGUUGCACCAGAAUCGUUCUUCUCUCGUUGCAAAUUGUCCACGACCAGGUGGCUGCUGGCCUUCCCAGACCGCUGCAAAAGACUCCUUCAAGCAGGUUGGUUGUGGCUGCUCGCAUACAGCCCGCUCCUGCUCAUCCUCAUGCUGCCCAUCGUCCGCACAUGCCAACCGCCGUGGUGGCGCUUCCUGGCGCAUGUGGUCAUCAACCUGUUGGGUUUUGUACUGGGCGCGGGAAUGCUGCUGUAUCUGGGCAGUAACUUCGUGGACGGGAUCAAGAGCAUGGGCGACGAGCCGCUCAGCCAUGUCAAAGAUCCCGGUGUCAAGGUUCCCUGGCUGGUCAUCGUGGUAACGAAUUGUGAGACCAUUUUUUAUUGCCUCCUGGGUGGACUGGACGUCGUAGCUUCCUGGCUGCGGGGGACCACCAUACUGCAGAGUGUUACGCAAUGGCGUCAGGAGUCAGCCGCUCGUCGUGUGUCGCGAUCCCUGAAUGUGGUGAGCGGUGCCGGUAUGGGGUUCCUCGUGGUGCACACGAUAAUUCAAACCUACGCCUCCACCCGAUACGCCGUCAACGUACCGCCAACGAAUCUCUCGGUUCCGUUUAUCCACUGGCCAGUCAGUGAAAAACACAUGAUUAUUAUUUUAACGCCGAUAAUUCCCCUUGUUGACGUGUUAUCCACAUGCAGUGCCGGUUGCUUCGUCGGCAUUAUCAUGCAUUUUCAAGCCACAUGGGUGCAGCCGCUGGUGCGCAAGUUGACACAGCUCAAACGUGAUCUGGACCCCGGCCGACCGUUCGUCCCGCAGACGAUAUACGCCACGGUCCAGGACUGCUAUCAGCAUGAGAGGAAACUAGGACCGAUUUUUCAGGAAAUCCACCGCGUGUGGUCCUUCGUGCUCGCUGCCUGGCUGCUCCUGGACUGGUUGAUAGUGUUGGCGUAUUUGGGUCAUUCCUUCACGGAAAACUUCACUGACGCCCGAACGACCGCAAUCUUCUGGGCUAACGCGGCCCACUACGCUGUGCAUUUUCUCCUGGUCACAUAUGCGGCGCUGCAACCGCUGCAGAUGGGUGUGGAAAUUGCGCAGUUAUGGAAAGAUAUCGAGGAAUUGGCGUUCAAUAUCCUCUUUGCCCCCAGCGCAAUACAUGACCCACAGACCCGGCAAGACAUCGCACGACUGAUCUGCGCUGCAGUUAGCUACUCCAAAGAACGAUCGUACUACUUCGUCCUGCUGGGCCUGGUCCAGCUGACAUCAGCCAGGGCGUUUGCGUUUGUAACACUAACGGGAUCAGCGUACGGCGUACUUUAUUCUAUGUCCCAGGAGCAGAGCGGCGGCAGCGCCAUAGACAAGCGCAACGCCACCAUGAGCGCUGUCUAGUCAUAAGUAAAAUUCUCAACCAUUAUUAUCUGGCAUUACAAGUGGUCCAUAAUGCAUUUCCUUAUGAAUCGGCAGUAAUGACCAUAACACUUUCGGUUUGUCUUUGCAGUACAUUGACUAUCCUCCUCCUCCUGGUAUAGCUCUCCGAGGCAUGACAGCAGGCCUGCUGGCUGCAUUCCCGGUACUGUUGGUGGCACUGAUGCUGCUGCAUGCGCUGCUGGAAUUCGGAGGACAUGCCCCCGUGCUAUUGGAUUUGGCGCUAAUCAUGGCAUCGGUUGCUGUCGUAGUGGAUUCCGGAAUGAUAAUUGUAAUUAUCCCGACCACCAGCACCACCGUCAAGAAAUUCAUUUUGCUUACUAAAUAAUUAGACUGAUUGUGUAUUCACCACUGGCUCAGUUAAUAAUGAUACUGUGCGAGUUGUGAAUUAUAAAUUACAGUACAGUAUUGAGUCUGUUGAUAUCGUGGGCUUUAAAUACAGAUUCGAGUACAUCGUUUCCGCUUCUUUGUCGUACGCUGUCUUUGCCGCGACAACAUUCGCUGCUUAUUAAGCGGAACUGGCAUGUCAAUUUGUCAUCAGUUGCAUUGUAUGUGUUGCUUGGCUUGUCAUUACCAAUGAAAACUGCCA